AUUUUUCGUUUGACAUGACAAGUCGGAAAACAUCGACUCGUCUUGUCGUUGUAUUUUUCUAAUCGUAAAUGGAUUAAAUAUACGAAUUUUGCGGAAUAAUAUUGUUGUGGCAUUUGUGUUGUGAUUGUGAUUAAAAAUGAGUGAAAUUAGGCACCGACGUGGGGAAGGCGACGGCAACGAUAAAGUGGAAACUGCUGGAGAAUCUGACCAUGUUGAUUCGGAGGAAGAGAAGGUGUUAGAAGAGAAGUAUGUGGAUGAAAUGGCGAAGUCUUUGCCUCAGGGCACGGACAAGACGCCUGAAAUUCUCGACUCUGCCUUGUCUGGUCUUUCUUCUAGAUGGAGAAACUGGGUCAUUCGAGGCAUCUUCACCUGGUUAAUGAUCGGCGCAUUUUGUCUGCUGAUCUAUGGCGGUCCUUUGGCUCUUAUGAUUACGGUACUAUGUGUACAAGUAAAAUGCUUUGAGGAGAUCAUCAACAUAGGCUAUGCUGUGUACAGAGUCCACGGCUUGCCAUGGUUCCGUUCCCUCUCAUGGUACUUCCUACUGACUUCCAACUACUUCUUCUAUGGGGAGAAUUUAAUCGACUACUUCGGUGUUGUGAUUAACAGAACGGACUACCUCAAGUUCCUAGUGACGUACCACCGCUUCAUUUCGUUCAGUCUCUACUGCUGCGGGUUCGUCUGGUUCGUGCUAUCGCUAGUGAAGCGCUACUAUAUGCGGCAGUUCAGUCUGUUCGCUUGGACGCAUGUAGCACUACUCAUCGUGGUCACACAGAGUUACCUCAUCAUCCAGAACAUCUUUGAAGGACUGAUCUGGUUCAUAGUGCCGGUGUCGAUGAUAAUCUGCAAUGACGUCAUGGCGUACGUGUUCGGAUUCUUCUUCGGGAAGACGCCUCUCAUCAAGCUGAGUCCCAAGAAGACCUGGGAAGGAUUCAUUGGUGGUGGAUUCUCCACUGUCAUAUUUGGACUUGUGCUAUCCUACAUGAUGUCCCAAUACCCGUACCUGGUGUGCCCGAUCGAGUACUCGGAAUCGCUCGGCCGCAUGACGAUGGACUGCGAGCCGUCGCAGCUGUUCCGUCUGCAGGAGUACACGCCGCCUCAGUUCGUGCAGCCUGUCAUGAAAGUGCUGGGCAUGGAGAAGUUCAACAUGUACCCGUUCAUGAUCCACUCGCUCGCACUCAGCAUCUUCAGCUCGGUCAUCGGGCCGUUUGGAGGCUUCUUCGCGUCUGGAUUCAAGCGCGCGUUUAAGAUCAAGGACUUCGGCGACGUGAUCCCAGGUCACGGCGGCAUCAUGGACCGCUUCGACUGCCAGUUCCUCAUGGCCACGUUCGUCAACGUCUACAUCACCAGCUUCAUCCGCACCGCCACGCCGCAGAAGCUGCUGCAGCAGGUAUACAACUUGAAACCAGAACAGCAGUUGCAGUUAUUCUACGCUCUCAAAGAGUCCCUGGAACACAGGAACAUACUCAACUUGGUACCUUAAACGUCUAGGCCAGCCCCAGGUAUCUCACCUUUAAAUUAACCAAUAUUGACUACUAAAUUGUACGUGGGACUUUACACUUGGCGGUCGGAACGCUGCGUUUUUAAAACCGCAUGAAGUAAAAGUAAAGUUUAUGUUGGUUUGUUGCAAAAUCAUCUACAGUAUUGAAUCCUCUUUAGUUAUUUCUAUAGGUUAUUUUUCAAUAAAUUGAAUAUUUUAAUUUUCUGUGAUAAUAUAAUAUGCAUGUAUACAAAUUAAAUACGUGUAUGCAAUUUUUCUUUCGUUCACAGCUGUAUGUCAGCAUUUGACAGAUCCAACAAUUGAAAAAAUACCUUAAAAGUAGUUUCUCAUUGAGAGCAUUUGUGUGUAAGGCCCUUCAUCCACUUGCUAUGAUUUAAGUAUAAUACGGUAACUUUAUAUAUUCGUUUUGAACUUUACAACAAAGAAUUCUAGUUAAAAUUGAGUCUUGGCCUAUUACAUUACACGCGAAGGCUUCCAAUGGGUAAUCACCUUUACUAUUUUAUCCUUUUGUUCUUACAUUAGGCGUUUCGCGUUUGACCGCCAAGUGUGACGGUGCUGUAAGGUUGACAUAUCGUGUGUACCUUGAAAAGAUAAAAAACAUAUUCUAGUCCGUGAUUACUGAAUCAUUUACUAUGAUACAUAACAAAUUACUAGUAAGAUUAAAACAUUCACCGUGAACUUCCUUGAUAUCUUCGAUAUGUUACAAAAUAUCAAAGUGAAUGAUUCAAUUCUAUAUAGCAAAUAUAUUAUUUAUCCAGAUGCGGUUAAAUACCUGGAUUUAACUUAAUAUACGAAUAGGGUCUACAUAGAUUUUAAUAGUGAAAUAUUAAUAAUAAUAUAAAACAUCUUAUAAUAUUUGAAACCAAUACACAGUCAGAAUCGUCUUACAUUCCAUUAUGACAUCGAUUUAUAUUAUUACCACGAAAGUUAAGAAAUAUCUUCCAAAUAUACGUUUUUUUCACGCGUUUGUAAAAUCGGACUGUGUAAAGGUUUCUUUAUUGACAUAAAAACU